GCAACCCGCCUAUGAGUGUAGCCACUGCCGCAAGACUUUCAGUUCUCGGAAAAACUACACCAAGCACAUGUUCAUCCACUCUGGGGAGAAGCCGCAUCAGUGCGCGGUGUGUUGGCGCUCCUUCUCGCUACGCGACUACCUGCUCAAGCAUAUGGUCACACACACUGGCGUGCGAGCCUUCCAGUGUGCUGUGUGUGCCAAGCGCUUCACGCAGAAGAGCUCACUCAAUGUGCACAUGCGCACACACCGGCCAGAGCGUGCUCCCUGCCCUGCCUGCGGCAAGGUUUUCUCACAUCGGGCACUGUUGGAGCGUCACCUGGCAGCUCAUCCUGCACCUUGAUGGGGACCCAGCUGUGCACAGUGCGCAGGUGCACUCAGACCCUUGAACUAGGUUCACUCCACCAGAAGUCACAUGCUCCGGAGUACCGAUGCUUUCCCUUGCCCUCACUCACACCGUUUUCCCUGUGGACUUGGGACCCAGAACCCAAUUUCCCUCCUACACACGCUUAGCAUCUCUGGAAGCGACCCUGCCACCUCAGAGACCUAGACCAUUUCCAGGUUGAGCUGGGCACAGACUAUUGGAACUAUGGAAACCUGAUGGAGGAAUUUUGCCCCAUCCCUUGUCCGGGUAUGACGUCUAGGGUUGUCCUCUGCCCCAGUGCUGGGCUAGAAUUCUCUGACCUCACCCCCAGUCUGGAGCUACCAUUCUGUCAUUGGGCAUCCAUGGAGGCUCAGAUAGACCUACCAUGGGACUUUAGGAUUCCGUUCUAAUAAAGGACGUUGGGCCAGUGUA